CAUAUGAUUGACAUUUGAAUCAUAUUUUUUUUUCUUCAACCAUAAAAAAAAUGUAUAAUCAAUUCAUAAUCAUCAUCACCAUAUUAAUAUCAUCAUUGUUUUUUGAAUCUUCCAUCAACGUACAAUAUCCAUUUCAAAGUCAAAGAUUUAAUAAUAAUCAAAAUUUUGUUUACAAUCAUAAUAAUAAUAAUGUAUCGAAUCAUAAUGUUGAACAUCAUCAAUCGAAUCAUCAGAUCGAUGAUCAAUCGAAUCAUAUUGAAACAAUCAAUACAAUGAAUCAUGAUUCAUCGAAUCCAAUAUAUUUAAUACAUCCAAUACAUAAUGUAACUGUUUUAAUGAUAAUUUCGAAUCAAAAUGAACUACCUGUUCAUUAUGAAACAUUAAAACCAACAAUGGAAUUAGCAUUGGAUGAUGUUCGUAUGAAAUAUCCACAUUUAAAUUUUAAUUUAAUUACUAGACGUGAUCAUCAUGAUUGUGAAUCAAAUUUAUUGGGUGCAAUUGUUGCUGAACAUUAUUUUAAAGAUAAAAUUGAUGCAUUAAUUGGACCAAUUUGUACAAAAGGUUUAGAACAGGUAGCACGUUUAGCAUCAUAUUGGCGGCUGCCAUUAAUGACAGCCGGUGGUGUUGGUCUACAAUUUUCCGAUAAAUCAAUUUAUAAAACACUGACAAGAGUAUCAUUUUCAUUGGAAAAAGUUGCAUUAUUUUUUAUAAAAAUAUUACAAGAUCAUGAUUGGCAUCAUAUAUCAUUGAUUGUUGAUGAAAAAGAUUCACAAAGUUUUAUGAUUCGUACAAGCAUUGAAACAGCAUUAAAAGAUCUUUCGGAUUAUGAAAUAUUUUUGGAUAAACAAAUUAUAUCGAAUAAAAUACAUCAAGAUGAAACAUUAUAUGAUAAAUAUUUGUUACAGGCAAAAAAAUCGGCUAGAGUUUUCUUUUUUAUGACCGAUACCGAUAUGACCCGAACAUUAUUAAUACAUGCAUAUGAUUUAGAUAUGAUAAAUGAUUAUGCAUUUUUCGGUCUACAAUUAUUGAAUGAUGGUGAUGAAAAUUUUGGCUGGUAUAAACAAGGUGAUAAAAAUAAUCGUAAAGCAAAAAUUAUGUGGGAUUCAUUUAUGACAAUCAGUGUACAUGUACCAACAUCACCUGAAUAUAGUCUGUUUGUUAGUAAAGCAUUUCGUAAAGCUUCCGAUGAAUUUGAUGGUAUUACAGAUAAAAAUAUUAAUCCAUUACUUGCUGCUCUAUAUGAUUCAUUUUGUUUUUAUGCAUGGGCAUAUAAUAAAUCCAUUUCAGCGAAUAAUAAUAUUACAAACGACAAUAAAAACAAAGGAAUUAUAAAUCGUUAUCUUUGGAAUAAUGUCUAUCAAAAUGGUUUAACGGGAGAAAUUUUUCUGAAUGAAAAUGGUGAUCGUGAAUUGGAUUAUACAUUGAAUGAUUUUGAUUCAGAAACCGGUAUGAUGCGUCCAGUAAUGACAUUUUAUGGUAGAAAACAAUUAAUUAAACGUGUUGAUGGUAUACGUAUUCGUUGGCCAAAUGAUUCAAUAGCACCAUCGGAUUUUCCAUUCUGUGGUUUUGAUGAUUUGGCUGAACAUUGUCAACAUAAAGUAGGACCAUUAGCAAUAAUAUUGAUAUUAUGUACAAUAUUUUCAAGUUUAACAUUAAUAUCAUCGAUAGCAGCAUAUUUAAUAAUAAAAAAAAUACGUUCGGAAAAUGAUUUACAUAGUAAUUGGUGGCAAGUACAUUAUGAAGAGAUAACAUUUCCAAAUGAACAAGCGGGUAAAAAAUCAUCAUUAUCGAUUGGUACGUUUGAUGGUGAUGGUACAAAAUCCGAUCGUACAUCAGUAAUGACACGAUCGGUUACACAAGUAUCGGCAACACAUUCAUUGACCAGUGCUUUUGGUCGAUUAGGACCAGUAUUGGUUGGUUAUUGUAGAGGUUUACGUGUUGCUUAUAAACCAUUGGAUAUUAAAAAACUUUCGAUCAAUCGUAAAAUGCUUAUCGAAUUAACUAAUAUGCGUGAUUUAAUGCAUGAAAAUCUUGUCAAAUUUAUUGGCCUAUGUAUUGAAGAGAAUAAUAUCGGUGUUGUAACUGAAUUAAUGAUGAAAGGUAGUUUACGUGAUAUAUUGGAUGCUGAUAAAAUGCAAAUUGAUUGGCCAUUUCGUUAUUCAAUCAUAAGCGAUAUAAUUGAAGGUAUGAUCUAUCUGCAUAAUAGUUCAUUUCAAUAUCAUGGUCGUUUAAAAUCAACAAAUUGUUUGAUUGAUGGACGUUUUAUGGUUAAAAUUGGUGAUUAUGGUUUACGAACUUUAUAUAAACAGAUUGGAAAAGAAGCCGAUUUUAAUCCACGAUCAUUGUUUUGGACAGCACCGGAACAUUUACGUUCACCUGACCCGUACAAUAUUGGUUCACAAAAAGGUGAUAUUUAUUCAUUCGGUAUCAUAUUACAGGAAGUUAUUACUCGAUGUGAACCAUUUGAAACAUCGACCGAAGAUAAAAACUCUUUGGAACCAACCGAAAUAUUGGAUCGUGUUAAAAUGGGUGGCGAAGUACCAUUCAGACCGGUUGUUAAUUGUGAAGAUUGUCCACGUAAUCUAAUCAAAUUGAUGGAAACUUGUUGGAGUGAAAAUCCAGAAAAUCGUCCGGAAUUUGUUAAAAUAAAACCUUAUUUUAAAAAAAUUUCCAAAGGUCUUACCAGUACAAAUUUUUUGGAUAAUCUUCUUAAACGUAUGGAACAAUAUACAGAAAAUUUGGAAAAAAUUGUUGAAGAAAAAACGGCCAUCGUUAUUGAAGAGAAAAAUCGUGCCGAUGAAUUAUUGUAUCAGAUUUUACCACAAUUUGUUGCGGAUGAACUUAAAUCCGGUAGACAUUGUGUACCGGAAUCAUUUGAAUCGGUAACAAUAUUUCAUUCGGAUAUUGUUGGUUUUACAACCAUUUCAUCACAAUCAAAUCCAAUGCAAGUUGUUAAUUUAUUGAAUAAUUUAUAUACUUGUUUUGAUGGUACUAUUGGUUAUUUUGAUGCAUUUAAAUUUGAAACAAUUGGUGAUGCUUAUAUGGUUGCAUCCGGUCUACCUAUUCGUAAUGGUAAUAAUCAUGCAAAAGAAAUUGCAAUGAUGGCAUUAAAAUUAUCAAAAGUUGUUGAAACAUUUCGUAUACCACAUUUACCGAAAACAAAAUUAAAAUUACGUAUCGGUAUAAAUAGUGGUCCAUGUGAUGCUGGUGUUGUUGGUUCAAAAAUGCCUAAAUAUAUUGUAUUUGGUGAAACAGUUAAUAUUGCAACAAAAUUAGAAUAUCAUGGUGAACCAAUGAAAAUACAUAUUUCCGAAACGACAAAAAAUUUAUUAGAUACUUUUAAUUGUUUUGGUAUUACUGAACGUGGAAAAAUUGAUAUCAAGGAUAAAGGAGAAUUCACUACUUAUUGGCUUGAUUCAACUACUGAACCAUUAUAAUUUACAUCAUAUAUCAGAUUAACUGAUUAGAUAGAAUGAUGAUAUAAUAAAUAAG